AUGGAUUCUCUGAAAAUGUUCAAAGGUUACGGCAAAGUAGAACGAGAUCAGCACCGAAUCAAAGAUCAAGAGCGCAACCCGAAAUACAAAAUCUCGAUCGCCACUACGAUUUCCAUCUUCGCAAUCCUCUUCCUCACUCUAACCUUGAUCUUCACCCUCGCAUCCAUUAUUCACCACCAAAACACCGAAUCACAGCAGCUUCUCAACUCGGCAGAGUCCAUCCGAGUCGUCUGCAACGUCACGCGCUUCCCCGAUGCAUGCCUCGCCGCCAUCCGGCCAUCCGUCAACGCCACCGAUCCCCAAACCAUCCUCGCUCUCUCGCUGCGCGCGUCACUCCACGCUCUCCAGAGCCUCGCUUCCUCACUCAACGCGACGAAGGGACGCGCGUUCGCUGACUGCAAGGACCAUCUGGAUGAUGCGCUGAGUCGACUCAACGACUCGCUGUCGGCCGCGGCAGCGCUGACCGACGCGACGGUGGCUGAUGUGCAGACGUGGGUGAGCGCGGCGGUGACGGACCAGCAGACGUGCUUAGACGGACUGGAAGAGGCGGGUGACGUGGUGGGUGUUGAGAAGAUGAAGAAAAUGAUGAAGACAUCGGACGAGUAUGUGAGUAACAGUUUAGCUAUUGUUGCCAAUAUUCGUAAUUUGUUUCGCCACUUCAAUAUGACGCUCCAUUGA